CACACAUCCUCGCCUUCAACAUCCUGAACCAUGUUUCGACUCUCGUUUCUGCUGGCCACGACGCUCUCGUUGGCGCUGUGUCGGGGACUUCCCAGUAAACGGAUUGAGGAAUUCGUGUGUCCUGAGGGCGGAUGGACACUCGUAGAGACAUCGUGCUUCUUGGUGUCCAACGCUUCCGGCAACUGGUUCGAAGGACAAAGCUUCUGCAAGGGUUUCGAAGCCUCGCUCGCUUCGGUGUCCAGUGAUGUUCAGCAAGAGGCUCUCACAGGUUUGCUGACUGGAGACACCUGGAUUGGUCUCAGCGAUCUUCAAGGGGAACACACGUAUUCUUGGGAUGAUGGAUGUCCCCUCGAGUACUCCAGGUGGGCGAAAGGUGAACCAAGCAACUCAGGAAGUUUCUGGGUCUUCGGCGAUAGUGAAGACUGCGUCGAGAUGCGGCAGGAGGUCGGGUAUCUGUGGAAUGACGCUCACUGCGAGGACUCCAAGCUAUUCAUGUGUAGUCGCCCAGCUGAUCCAGCGCCCACCACCACUACCACCACCACCACAACCACCACUACGACAACUACCACCACUCCAGCACCCGCCUGUGAGGAAGGAUGGGAGAUUUACGGUCUGUCUUGCUACCGAGUGAGUGAAAAUACGGCGUCCUGGACUGAGGCCAAAGAUAGCUGCAUUGGUCUCGGAGGCGUGUUGGCUUCCAUCAGCAGCGAGGACGAGCAGACGUUCGUGAGCGGUCUGCUGACUCGCAGCGCCUGGAUUGGUCUCAGCGAUCGGAAUACUGAAAACGAGUUUGCAUGGGAGGACGAGAGCCAGUCUAACUAUACAAGCUGGAAGGAAGGGGAGCCUAAUAACCACCUAGCGUUCCUGACCUUUGGCGUGGGCGAGGACUGUGUCGAGAUGAAACAGGAAUACAGCUUCCUCUGGAAUGAUGAGAAUUGCUCCGCGAACAGGGCGUUUGUGUGCGAACGACCUGCAGAGUAACGGCGGUGUAUCCUUCCGAGUUACAAGUUUCCAAGGAAAAGCCUUCCCUGACUCGUUCUGAUCCACGUUACUGUAUACGAUAUGCAAUAAAUCGAACAGAGCAUCAA